UCUAAAUUUUCGUUGACAAUUAAUUCAAUUUUCUUAGAAGGCUUCGAAUUAUAUUUUUGGAAAAGAACAUUUCCAGGUCGAGCUCCAGUACCUAUAGCUGUAGCUGUAGCAGUCAGCCAUGGAGCAAAUGAAGAAGCGUAACAUCGAAAUUCGCGUGGGAGGCUACAAGGUGAUCCGACAGAUCGGCAGCGGAUCCUUUGGGGACGUCUACCUGGGCCUCUACCUUUGGAGCGGCGAACACGUAGCCAUAAAGGUGGAGAGCACAGCGGUGACCCAUCCGCAACUGAACUACGAGCGCCGUGUGUACCGGGCUCUGCGCCCCGCCGUGGGCCUGCCGCGCAUCCGUUUCUACUGCAAGAAGCCAAAAUAUAACGCCAUGGUAAUGGAUCUCCAGGGGCCAUCGCUAGAGCGGCUGUUUCAGUUCUGCGAGCGGGCAUUCACUAUGAAGACGGUGCUGAUGCUGGCCGAGCAGAUGAUCAGCCGGGUGGAGUACGUGCACAAGCAGGGGUUCGUGCACCGCGACAUCAAGCCUGACAAUUUCCUGAUGGGCCUGAGCAGGCAGGCAAAGAUAGUGUACCUGAUCGACUUCGGGCUGGCGAAGAAGUACCUGGACACGACCACCGGGGUGCACAUGCCCUACCGCGAGGAACGCUCCCUCACAGGCACAGCGCGCUAUGCCUCCAUCCGAUCCCACGCGGGAGUGGAGCAGUCCCGGCGCGACGACCUAGUGUCUGUCGGCUACGUGCUGAUGUAUUUCAACCGUGGCACCCUGCCCUGGCAGAACAUCAAGGCCUCCACCAAGCGCCAGAAGUUCGAGCGCAUUCACGAGAUGAAGCUCUCCAUAAGCGACGGGGUGCUCUGCGAGGGCUUUCCGUGCGAGUUCCCCAUGUACCUGAACUACUGCCGCGGGCUGGGCUUCUACGACAAGCCCGACUAUGCCAUGCUCAUCCGCAUGUUCCGCAUGCUGCGGCUGGGCCUUAACUACGCCGACAGCCACAUCUUCGACUGGGAUAUGCUUACCAUGAAGAACCACAACCGCCAGCGCAAUCCCGGCACCGGCGAGCGCGUCUAUCCGUCACCCAACGAGCCCGACGACGGUAUAAGCGGGUUGCCCAUCGUAAGGGAUGAGAAGUGCAGUCGCUGGGAUUAGCGGUUCCCCCAAAAAACCAUAUAUUCCCUGAUCCCCUGUAAAAUACACAACAUACCCUUCAACUAAUUCUAAAUUCGUUUAAGUUCUAUAGAAUCCAUCUUUUGGCUUCCCAUUCAGGUCAUAAGACCAUUGAGAUCCACUCAUUAAAACUAUUUUGUUCCAAA